CCGUUUUGCAACUACGACACUUCCGCCUACCGACCAACCUGAUUUGGGAUAAUAUGUACAAACCAGAAACGUCAAGCUGUGUUGAUAACUGACCGGCCAGCGUCUGAAAUGGAGAAUUGGUGGAUUUACAUCAGGAACAACUCGGAUAAUGCCUGAAGAGCAUUCGGCUGAAGUCGCAAAAUGAUAUUUCUUGGACGACGUCGUUGACAGACUUCGUUAGCUUGCUAGCCUGCUAGCUAACUGCCCAAGUCAUGGGCAUGCCAGUCAGCUGACCGCCGAGCUCGCUAGCCAGCUAGUAAAGUUACAGGAGCGAGAAACGAGCUGAUGUUUCAAUGAUAAACGCUAUAGUGUUGUAAUGUUAUCACGUUAAAGUGUCUCGGUUCCGUUUUUUGACGCAGGGCACGCAAAAGCACAUCAAGGAAGGACUUGGUUCCUUGAAACAUAUAACCUGAGAACGGCUAACUCAGUUGUUAAAGCAAACUCGACUCUCGGCUCGCCUAGACGAAUGAUUCAGGAUCGCAGUCACAAGGAGAAAUGUCAUGGCUCUGUCAUCUUUUGCUGCCCGUUGGUUUCAUUCACAUUAUUCAUUCAGGGGUUGAAAUAACAGCAGCGGCUCGGACUGCUGCUCAAACCUGUCACGCCACUCCCGUGUAAGUUAGGUGUGUCAGAUGUCAGGAAAUCAUUUGAGGACCCUUUGAGUUUUCACUGCUGUAUCUGUUUUAGUGCUUGAAGAAAGCAGGGAUAAUUUUGCUUGCACACAUUUAGACACCAUGUGGCUUCAACAGAGGUUAAAGGGGCUCCCUGGUCUGCUCUCAAGCAGCUGGGCCCGUCGCAUGUUGGUUGGCUUGCUUGUUUUUCUCAUUUUCUAUUGGUACUUGAGCUCAGAUGGGAUCCUGAGGUUACUGAGCUUCUCCAGAGAAACUGGAGGAGCUGCUGGUCUCUGUCUUCAGUCUGAUGUCAACCGAUGGACAGCACUGGUUGACCGUGGGGAGGGCAUUGUUCACACACCCCAGAUGAAAGAGUCCAUGCCAUUUGUGACGGGUAAUGGACAUUUCCUGGUCGAUGUGGAUUCAAAUAAACUCUGGGUAACCUCGUCCUUGCAGCCAGGCUCGGCACCUGUGCACCAGACAGAGUUUUCACCCAUAGUGAGGUGGCAGAUAUCUGGGAAGCGCUCUGAGGCACAGGCAAAAAUGCUGUCGUACCGGAAGGGCUCAGUGCUGUCCACCAGGUGUGUCCUCUUGGGGAGUUCUCAGUCUUCUCGGGACUGUAUUGUCAUUCGGGAAGAAUACAUAGCCCACCGUAGCAGACCUAAUGUCUAUGUUCAGAGGGUUCACAUAAGCAACCCCACAGACAAAGCAGUUUCAGUUGAGGUGGCUAUGGACUCACCCAAUUUUAGGAGUGUUGCAGAGAAGACAGAGGACAAAGAAUUCAUGCUGUCCACUGGGAAGGUUCUCACAGAGAGGAAGGACAUAGUGCUGGUGGCCGUGGGCUCAAAAAAGCUGAGUACGCUGUUCCAAGUUCCCGCAAAGUCUGACCACGCCGAAAAUAUAGUGAACGUGAUUUACACCUCAGAGCCCAUUGAGCCCUCCAAGGUGGACGAAACCUUCAGCAAGCUUCGAGAAGCUGUCAGGCGAGAGACGGUGGAGGUGCUACGGGCCAAUGUGGAAGAUCUAGUGCAGGAGCACCAGCAGGCUUGGAUGGAUCUUUUCAUAUCUGGUGUGGAGAUCAGAAAAAUAACAGAUGCUCACACUCCAUCUAGCCAAACCGUCAACACUACCCUGUACUACAUCCUCUCUGCCUCCAUGGCGCCCCUGCUGAACAGCGGCAUCACUGCAGAGGAGCAUGAUAGGCUAGAGUCUAGCCUGAACUAUGCUGACCACUGCUUCAGCGGCCAUGCAACCAUGCAUGCUGAGAACCUUUGGCCAGGGCGGGUGAGCAGUGUGGCUCAGAUCCUGCAGCUGGUCAACCUAUGGACCCUGACCCUCCAGAAACGAGGCUGCAAAGUGCUAGUGGCGGCCGGUGCGCAUGGCCUGAUGCAGGGCACAGUGCUCAGCUUUGGCGGCCUGCAGUUCACAGAAAACCACUUGCAAUUCCAGGCUGACCCAGAUGUCCUGCACAACAGCUAUUCACUGCGUGGCAUCCACUAUAACAAAGACUUGAUCAACCUGGCUGUUCUGCUGGACUCAGAGGGCAAACCUUUCCUGCAUGUGUCCGUCAAACCCCAGGAAAAGCCGGUCAAGUUGUACGCCUGUGAGGCUGGGUGCAUGAACGAACCGGUGGAAUUAACAUCAGAGGUACAAGGCCACACUUUCCCAGUGAUGGUGACCCAACCAAUUACACCUUUGCUGUACAUUUCCACGGACCUGACGCACCUGCAGGACCUCAGACACACACUGCACGUGAAGGCCAUCCUGGCACAUGAGGACCACAUGGCCAAACAGUACCCGGGGCUGCCCUUCCUCUUCUGGUUCAGCGUGGCCUCCCUCAUCACCCUCUUCCACCUCUUCCUAUUUAAACUCAUCUACAACGAGUACUGUGGGCCAGGCGCCAAGCCACUCUUCAGGAGUAAGGUAAUGAAGACAAAUGAAGAAACGGAACUGUAAGACGAAGGCGUUUCAGAGAGCGCGAAGAAUAACGGGUAACAUUCAGACCAGCCACCAUGAGCACUGUUCAGCGCAACGUUACAGCACGUUUACAGAGUGCCGUGUUUCCCAGCUCUUGUCUUCCUGCUCUAAUGCGAAUGAUUGAUUUGAGCGCAAGACUAAGAUAAGACAAAUUACAGGGCAUUAUUAUAGGAGAAACGCAGUCUAUGGGAAAAUAAUUUAGUUUAAUUUAAUUUAAUUGAAAAGCAGAGUCGGAUGGAAUCCAUUCAAGGCCAUAACCUCUUAAUCUGCAGGGUUACUAUUCAGUUAUUACAGUCUUACUGUUAUGAAACUUCUGUAAAUGAUUUGGUAGCUAAGUUAUGUGGUUAUGAAUAUAAGGAAUUGAGAUAUGGAUGCACAUAUGUGCCCAUGCAUUUUAGGGGCUGUAAAAAAGUUAUGCAAAAGUUUGAACACCCCUUGCCAAAUGAUGUUUUUUAAUUUUUUGAGGGAAGAAUAAUGAUUUCCUGAACAUUUUAGUGCACAAUUCAUAUUUAUUUGCUGAGUUAAAUAUAUUACAACAAAAUAAACACACACACACACAUAUAUAUAAAAGUGGCAUAACUUUUGCACAUGUCUCAUUUUAUAUUGGAUUUUUUCCCGACAUGUUAAAUAAAUAGUAUUUGUCCAUUACAACGUGUUAGACAUGUGGUCUCUGUAGAGGAUGUGUUAACUUUAGCAAAGGGCAUAAUUUGACCAGGGGUGCCCAAACAUUGCCCAACAAAUUCCACUAGGUGGUGAUGUUCUCAGAGUUCCGCUAGAGAUUUUGGCUGCUUCCAAAACCACACACUACCAUUCUGAAUAGUAGGCCUAUGUUAAAAAUAGUACACCACCAAUAGAAGUCCAUUCAUUAGAGUACUUUGUGUAGUAUAGUACAUAGUAUAGUACAUGUAGUUUUGGGUGCAGCUUUAGAUUUAAUUACAGAAGUGUCUGUCAGCCUGUAAUAACACUAAAAUUAGAAUAGAUUCCUUCAUGUUAAGAAAGACUAAAUACUUAAUGGAAAGACUAGCAUGACAGAAAGAGAAGGAAAUUUCAAAUGCUGUGAGCAGAAGUUUUUGUCAGUGACCCUCACAUUGAUGUAGACUCACAAUGGACUCAAAUAUGAUACAAUAGCGAAGGCAGCUAUGCAGCCAGUGAUGAGUGAAACCAAGCUUUUGAUUAUAAACUAUUGGGAUUUGUCUCUUUUUUCCAUUUAUAACUGUGUGUUCCAGCUAAAUGAAUGGUUGCUAGAGUGUGAAAAUCUUUAUAUAUCUCUCUAUAUAUAUUUAUACAUCUCAGUAUAUUUUCCUUUUAUAAUGACAUGACUCAGGUAUUCAAUGCUUUAAAAAUCUCCCAGAAUCUCUUUUUUUCACAUGUAAUGAAUGUUUUCCAUGUUGAUGUUAGUCUGAUGCUGGAUCUUAUAAGCGUGACGAUGAAGAGGUGCAAAGCAUGCUAUUUUUAAGAUGUGAGCACCAAAGUCUUUUGCACUAAGCUUACAAAAAGUUUAUGUAAUCAUAGCUUUUCAUAACCUUUAGAAUAAACAUGGUGGGCUAGGAACAAAUAACAAAUAAUUCUGGCACAAAUCAUCGAUGCCAUUGUGGAGCCAUUCUAGAGCACCAAAAUAUCUCUUGAAUGAAGUAUACAUCAUCAUGAAGUUAAAUGACAAUAACAUGCUAUCUUUUGCUUGUAAUAUGAAUGAGCUAUUACAGUAGGCAACAAUCAUAUUGCAUAUACACACACACACACACACAAACUACACUAUGUAUAGGCAACAUUUAUCUCUUAAAAAUGCACAAGCCCCACCAAGAUUACAGCGUUUACUAUUUUUCAUGUGAGGAGCUGUUUGUGGGAUUGUGGUGAUGUAACUGUAGUUAUAUUAAUUCUUCUUGAGGGGUCAGAUGUAAAAAGGAGACGGUCUGAGGAAAAGACUGUCGGGGGAAAGAUUGUGGGAGGUCCUGCGUGCUUGUGAAGGUUGGAUAAUUCUGUUGUGUUUAAUUGACUGCAUUGUUAGUUCCAUGAUAUUAUUGUCUUAAUAUGUGCUUGUAUUUUAAAAAAUUGCUUUAUUAAAUAGAUUUUAGUAAAUUUGUAUUUCAAACACUGAAUUAUAUGUGGAUAAUUAUGGGGAAUAUUAACUAUAUUAACUAACUAUAUUGAUAUUUUGUGACAUUCAUCAAAAUCCUGUUUUUUGAAGCAAACACUGUGAAUAAAGGGGAAUACA